AUGGUAGAAAUCCCCGUCGUCGAUCUGUCAGACGCCAUUAAUGCUAAGAAGCUAAUAGUUGAAGCAUGUAGAGAGUUUGGAUUUUUUAAGGUUAUCAACCAUGGGAUCUCAAGGGAGCUCGUUGCCAUGUUAGAAUCCGAGGCUGUCAACUUCUUCGAACUACCCCAACAUGAAAAGGACAGGUCCGGCCCUCCCAGCCCGUUCGGCUACGGUAACACUAGAAUCGGGCCCAACGGUGACACGGGCUGGGUCGAAUACCUCCUCCUCUCCUCCCAGCCCCAACUCAUGUUGCACAAACCCCAUUUUCCCACCAUUCCAGAACCAUUCUGGCUUGUGAUGGGAGAGUAUACCUCAGCUGUGAGGCAACUGCUGAUGGGUGUUCUCGAUAGUAUUUGUGAGGAGCUGGGAAUCGGUACUGCUCUGAGCGGGCUGAUCGGGAACGAGAGAAGUGAUUCGUGUUUCCGGGUGAAUCACUAUCCGCCGUGCCCAGCAUUGAAUAAGAUCGGAUUUGGUGAGCAUACGGACCCUCAGAUCAUGUCUGUUUUGAGAUCAUGCGACGCUCCGGGCCUCCAAAUUUGUCUCAAGAAUGGUUCUUGGGAUCCCGUCCCAUCCGAUCCAAACGCAUUCUAUUUCGCUGUUGGAGAUACUCUCCAGGUUAUGACCAAUGGAAGGUUUAAGAGUGUGAAGCAUAGAGUGUUGACUAAUUGCAUCAAAUCAAGGGUGUCGAUGAUAUAUUUUGGAGGGCCACCAUUGACCGAAAAGAUUAGACCUAUAUGCUCAUUAAUGGAGGAAGGCGAAGAGAGCAUGUACAAGAAAUUCACGUGGUCCGAAUACAAAAAAUCAGCUUACAAGUCAAUAUUGGGUGAAGAUAGGUUGAAGCGUUUUCACAAAAACAAAAACAACUGA